AAUGAUAAUUGAUUUGGGACAUAACCAGAAGCUUUAAAACCCGGCGGUAGACGGCGAGUGAAGUGCAGGGCUGAGUUUCGAAGCGGAUAUUAGUUUAUUUUUAAUUAUUAUUAUUGUUUUAAGUUUCGCCUGUAAGCAGCGAUAUAGGCGAAUAAAAGUAAUUUUUAAUAAAGUAAAGUGUUGUGUGAGCGGCUAAAGCUUUAGCUGGGAGAGUGAUGGCGUUCCCCGAGCCCCGGCCGCAGCCUGACCGCCUCCCGCAGCACCUCCUCCGGACUGUAGACUGCCAACAGGCCGCUGUCCGAGCUGUGCGAUUUAACGCUGAUGGAAACUACGUGCUGUCGUGUGGCAGCGAUAAGAGCCUGAAGCUGUGGAGCGCGACCCGAGGAACCCUGCUGAAGACCUACAGCGGACACGGCUACGAGGUGCUGGACGCCGACGGCUCGUAUGAUAACGCCCAGCUGUGUUCGUGCAGCGCGGAUAAGACGGUGAUCCUGUGGGACGUAGCGACCGGGCAAGUCACGCGCAAACUCCGUGGCCACGCGGGGAAGGUGAACUGCGUGCGAUUCAACGAAGAGGCCACUGUGAUGCUCUCGGGUUCCAUCGACGGCACCGUGCGCUGCUGGGAUUCCCGGUCCAGAAAGAUGGAGCCGAUUCAGACUCUGGACGAGGCGCGAGACGGCAUCAGCAGCCUGAAAGUGAUCGAGCACGAGCUGCUGACCGGGUCCGUGGACGGCCGGGUGAGACGCUACGAUCUGCGGAUGGGACAGCUGCACGUCGACUACGUGGACAGUCCGAUCACAUGUGUGUGUUUCAGUCAGGAUGGCCAGUGCACCCUGAGCUCCAGUCUGGAUGCCUGUGUGCGUCUGCUGGACAAAAGCACAGGAGAGCUGCUGGGAGAAUACACAGGACACAAGAAUAAAGACUACAAGCUGGACUGCUGCCUGUCUGAGAAAGACACUCACGUGCUGAGCUGCUCCGAGGAUGGCCACGUGUACUGCUGGGAUCUGGUAGAGGGCUCGUUAGCGCUGAAGCUCCCCGUCGGGAAGGCCGUGGUCCAGUCGCUGUCCUUUCACCCCACGGAGCCUCGCCUACUGACCGCCAUGGAGGGACGUGUCCAGAUCUGGGGGGCGGAGCCGGAGGAAACGGACACGGCCGAGUAGACGCCGCGCAUUCCUGUUUGCCAGAUGUUAAAGAACGAAGAGCUGAAGAUGAGCUCGCUGAACCAACCUAGUGCCUGAAAUACGGAUUAUUAUGAAACACUACACAAUAUAAUGUAUAUAUUGUAAAUAUAUUAUGUGUCAAAUGAUUAAAAGAAUGAUGUGGUUUCAUGAA